GUAGACCGUAUGAUUUUGUGUUUAUGAAUAAUAUUAUUCUACAUUGUCUAUGUUAUUGCCUGACUUUUCGCUCGUCACUGGACGAUUUUGUGUUGAAGAAAAAUUUCUGAUUAUUAAUUUAAUUAACAGUGUUUUUCGAAAUGUGUCUUAUAAAUUUUCUCGUUUUGCCCCCGCGAUCACUCAGUAACCCAAUUUUGACAUCGUACAUGAUAUAGGUCAUGUUUAUUUACGUGACUGUUGUGAUUCAUUAGAUUUGAGUUAAAAUUUAUGUGUUUUAUCGGUUACCCAGUUGAUUUAUCGAGAAAAUGGAUAAAGGCGUGACGUGUGAACAUCUCAAUAAACUUGUUAACGUGCUGGAACUGGAAUUAUGGCAAUCAAAAGAGAACCUAGCAUGUUUCGAUUGUGGAUGCCCGGGACCAAAUCUAUGGAUAUGUCUGCAACCUGACUGCCAUCAUAUUGGAUGCUCUGAAGUUAAAAAUGACCACAGCACAAUACACCAAAAGAAUUUACCAUUGCACUGUGUUCACAUGAACGUGUCUACGGAACGAAUAUGGUGCUACUUGUGCGAGAAAGAGGUUCACAUCAGAGCGGCUUUGACGCAGGCUAGGAUGAGUGCGGAUUCGACUACGAUAGAGGACAUGGCGGUUAGCACGCGGUUAGGCUCGGUUGGUAUCAGUGUGAAUGAUGAUGAGCUGGAGAUGGAAGACGCGGACUAUGAUGAUGAUCAGAGACCUAGAGGUCUGGUGGGGCUCCAGAACAUGGGCAACACGUGCUACAUGAACGCGGCGCUGCAGGCGCUGAGCAACACGCAGCCGCUCACCUCGUACUUCAUAGAGUGCGCGGCCGCCGUCGCCGUGCUCGCAGCCGACAAGAAGCCGGGCCUGAGCCGUGCAUACCAAAAAUUAAUCAAAGAGAUGUGGUGUCGGAAAACGAGAGGCUAUGUUAUACCCAAUGGUAUUCUCUACGGGAUACGGCAUGUACACCCGAUGUUCCGAGGCUACCAGCAACACGACACGCAAGAGUUCCUGCGCUGUUUCAUGGACCAGCUGCACGAAGAGUUAAAGGAGCCGGUAUGGGACAGCACGCCAGAAGAUAAGUUGGUUUCAGAAUCAGAAGGGGAACCACAAGAAAAUAGGACGCUGCAUAUAAGGCGGAGAGCCGUGUCUUCCGGAGCCAGUGACGCGCCAUACUUCGCGCGCAUGAGGCGGAAAUCACCCGCGUCGUACAACGAGCCCAGGCAUGAUGGAUACUUGAGAAUACGUCAGCAGUCCGAGAGCGCAGGGUCGCGGCACCGGCGCUCGGCGAGCUUUGCGGGCACGCACCAUUUCGCAUACAACGUGCACACGCAACAAGUCAAUGGUCCUACAAGAGACUGGGGCCAGCGCGAGGCCGGCUCCGAGUCGGAGCUGUCCGGCUCGAGCGAGGCCGAGGAACGUUACGAGACCUGCUCCAGCGGGCACAGCGAUGCGCCCGACUCGUUGCAACACACCAAGUCCAGUUCGGGCAGCGUGUGCGGUGGGGGCGGGGGCGGCGGUGCUGGUGGGGGCGGCGGGGACGGCGCGGCGCGCGGGCCGCGCUACCGCAGCAUCGUGUCCGACGUGUUCGACGGCAAGCUGCUGUCCUCCGUGCAGUGUCUCAUAUGUAAUAGGGUGUCAACGCGGGUGGAAACCUUCCAAGACCUAUCGCUGCCGAUACCUUCGAGAGAGCACUUGGCCGUGCUUAGGUGCCAGCAGCCGAUACUUAACCAUCCGCAUGUAUCGCAGGAGAGUUGGCUAUGGUGGCUGGUCAGCUGGUUGAGGUCCUGGUUCUACGGGCCGGUGGUGUCGCUCCAAGACUGUCUCGCUGCCUUCUUUAGCGCGGACGAACUGAAGGGCGAUAAUAUGUAUAGUUGUUCCCGUUGCAACAAGUUGCGCAACGGCAUCAAGAUGUCCGGCGUGAUCAAGCUGCCGGAAGUGCUGUGCGUGCACCUCAAGCGCUUCCGGCACGAGCUGAUGUUCAGCGCCAAGGUCGCCGCGCGGGUCUCGUUCCCUAUCAACGACUUGAACAUGGCGCCGUAUACGCAUAAAGAAUGCACGUCGAAAAUAAGCCGCUACUCCCUGUGCGCGGUCAUAUGCCACGCCGGCACGGCCGGCGGCGGACACUACACGUGCAUCGCCCGCGCGAACAACAACAACAGCAACAGCACGAGCAACCACAACAACAACAACAACAACACAACCAACGCAACAACCAGCAGCGAGGACAGCUGGUACUCGUUCGACGACGCCGCGAUAUCGCCGGUGCCGGUGCAGCACCUGGCCACGUGCGAGGCGUACGUGCUGUUCUACAGGAAGGUAAACCCCCAAAUGGCGCUACUACGUCAGAAGGCGGCCGAGAUAUUGGAAUCGUCGCGGAAUGAACCCAACGAUAUUAAAUUUUAUAUAUCCAGACAAUGGAUUAAUAAGUUCAACACGUGGGCAGAGCCCGGGCCGAUAGACAACAGCGACUUCGUGUGCGCGCACGGCGGCGUGCGGGCCGAGCGCGCGCCGCACCUGCCCGCGCUCGCCGCGCGCCUGCCGCAGCCGCUCUGGGAGUUCCUGCACGCCAAUUUCGGCGGCGGGCCGGCGGUGUCGCACGCGCACGAGUGCGGCGCGUGCGCGCGCGCACAGCACCGCCUGCGCGCGCGCCGCGAGACCGAGCUCGCCGCGUUCGCUGAGCUGCACGCCAACUUCCAGGAGCAGGAGCAGCCGCAGUCAAUAUACGCGAUCAGCAUGGCGUGGUUCCGCCAGUGGCAGGCCUUCGUGCGCAACAAGGCGCGCCGCCCGCCGCCGCCCGUCGACAACGCGCCCAUACUGCACCAGCAGGAAAUCGACGGCACGAUAAAGUACACCCUCAAACCGGGCUCCGACCACGCGCAGCUCAGCGAGGAGCUGUGGCGGUUCUUCAUCGACAUCUACGGCGGCGGCCCGGAGGUGCGGCUCAAGUCGCCCCUCGAGCCCCCCCCACCCCUCGCCGCCGACGAACGCGCUAGAACACUAUCCAGGAAAUACUCAGAGUCCGACAGGGAGGAGUACUGCACCAAAUCAAAUUCGGAAGUGAACAUACGCGACACGCUGCACGGCGAACUGCAAAAGAAUCAAUCGCUGCAGAACAUCAACAGGCGGUACAGAGUGCGCACGGAUUCGGACGACGAAGCGAGCUACCGGCACGCGUUCCUGUACAAGCGCCACGAGCCCAACGGCAACUACGACUCGGACGAGGAUAUGGCGCUCCGCACGAUACGACUGCAGAACGGCGUGGACAGCUCCGACCACGACGCGCACGAUAUCGUGUGUAAAACGGACUCCGAGCUGCCGGCUAGUAAGAAGAGAGCGGGCAAAGUGAGGAAAAACAAACGGCGGACUGUUAAAUGAUUCCUUGUUGCGCUGCAAUUCGUGCAUAGACUGAGGAAGAGUGCGGACAUUCCUUCUAGUGGUUAACGGUGCAUUUAUCGUGUGUUAAAAAUUAAGUGCGGCUGGUGGAUGCUUGUUUUGGUGUCUGAUGUGUUUGUGUGGACUGUUCUGGUGGUGUUCAAGACGAAAGUGGAAAUCUAUUGUAUGUAGGUAGGUUGUGUGGGGCGGGCUGUGAAGAGAUAUGUUCACAAAAUAUAAUUUUCUACUCGCAUUAUUUCGAUCAAGAUUUCAGAAAGUAGCUUGGAGGUGAUUCUAACAACUUUUUGUAGCAUAUAUAUAUACAUAAUAUAAUAAUGGUCUCAAUUUAUUAACAGAAUGGCAUUGAAAUAUCUUAUUUGAGAUAAAAUAAAACAAAUUAUCUUGCAUAGCAACUGGUCCUGUAAACCAAGAGUAGCAGCUGUUCUUUCUGUAUUAUAACUGUCCUUUUUAUUUCUUAAUUCAUUGUAUACUUUUCAUAUUCUGUAAGAUGUAUGACAGGUUCUGUGCACUAUUUUCUUAUUGUUAGAUUCUGCAUUUGUUUUUAUGGUCUUGUUGCCAAGUGCCCCUUCUAGAAAUUUAUAUUAUGUAUUCCAAUAUAUACUUUCUAUAAUUCCAUUUAUUUUGUUAAUAUUUAAACAUAUUUAUACUAUGUAUAAUAAUUUACAAAUUUUAU